GCCGGCGGGGGGCAGGAGCCGCGGCCCGGGGCAGGCGCUGGCGGGCCGGGACAGCGCAUCGGGGCCCGGGCUCCGCUCUCCCAGCGCCGCCGAGAAGCCCGGAGCCGCAGCGGUUACUAUUUCCUGUUACUGCGAGGUGAUUGUGGUUUGGAAGCUUAUUGGGCAGUUCUGAAUCAUCAGAGACAUGAUGCUGUUGAAGUUUCAGGUUCAGUGUCUGGCUCUGGAUAAAGAUAUCCCUCCUGCUGUCUGACCGCUGCAGCCUCCUCCCUCAAGGGCUGGCCCCUUGCUGAUGGGGCUAUGGACUCUCGGCUUUGGCAAGGUUCCCUAGGAGGGAAUUUCUCAGACUGUCCCAAUGGCUCCCAAUGGGUGUGGGAUGUGUUCAGUGAGUGUGCCCAGGAUAUCCGGGACUUCGCCAGUAUUGCGUUGGGUCUGUUUUCCAUCUUCUGCUUUGCAGGAGCUUCCUUCCCCCAAUAUUACCAGGCCUGUAAAACAGGUAACAUGGACCAGGCUCUCUCCAUAUACUUCCUGCUGGGAUGGCUAGGAGGAGAUUCCUUAAAUCUAAUAGGCUCUUUCCUGGCCAAUCAGUUGCCACUACAGGUUUACACUGCCAUUUACUACGUGCUGGCAGACCUGGUCAUGUUGUCUCUCUACCUCUACUACAAAGUCAAGAACCAGAGCAGAGGCCUCUCUGCUCCAAUUAACGCAGCCUUUGCCUUCGUUUUUCUGGGAACGGUGUCAGCAACAUCCUUGCUGGGCAGAGCUGGCUCCACAGUUGAAACAGUGACAUUUAAAGGGAGGACUCUUCUGUCUGCCACCAUGGAUGCAGCUGGAUGCGAGCCUUUCACCAAGAAGGAAAUCAUUGGCUUCACUGUUGGCUCUAUCUCUUCCUUGUUGUAUCUGUUCUCCCGAGUGCCCCAGAUCUACACUAAUUUCAAGAGGAAAACUACUGAAGGACUGUCAUACUUUCUUUUCGCUUUGGUGAUGCUGGGGAACUCGCUGUAUGGAAUAAGUGUGCUUCUGAAGAACCCAGACCCAGGGCAAGCCGAAGGCAACUACAUCAUUCAUCACCUCCCCUGGCUGAUUGGCAGCCUGGGGGUCCUGUCUCUUGAUGUGAUUAUCUCCUUCCAGUUCCUUGCCUAUCGGAAGAGAAGACCUCACGCUUCUGAUGAGAGAGAGGCCCUGCUUGGCAAGCAAGAUGAAUCCCUUGACAGCUGACAAAGGAACUGUCCCCAAGCAAGAAUGGGAUACUGGUGAGAACUCUGGCUUCAAACUCUGGCACAGCGAGUUGCCCUCAGAGGCUGUAAGCCAGUGUGCAGUAUGAUGCUUCCUGCGGAAAGUGCUUGGCCACCUGGCAGAGGACUUUCGUGGUAGAUCUCAGCUGCUUGUAGUGAUGACUUAAAAGGGAUGAAAUAUUGUGAAUUUCUGUACCUGGAUCAUAGUCACUUUUUAAAAACGAGCUGAAUUUGAUUCCACUUUCCUUCCUCCCCUCCAGAAGGCUGCCCUGAGUCAUCUGCAUCAGACAUUACUAGCAAGAAUGAAAAAUCUCUAGGGGAUGGAGGGGAGAUGAGGCUGUCGCCUUUCCUGUUUUAAGCCAAUGAACACAAAUGCUGUGAGUGGCUGCCAUUUAACUUCACCUUUAAGGGUUUAUCCAUGGUGGCUCCCUUUGCCUAUAUGAAUAAUGUUACACCUUCUGGCAGCUGAGGCCGGGAGUGAGGCCAGUGCUGGGGUUGGGGAGAAGCGUUUUAAUACACGUGUGUGUGUAUAAAUAUUUUAUCUAAAUAUUUUGGCAGCCAACUUUCUAGAAAAAUAAAUCUUUGUCCAACAUGC